UCAUUCGAUCAAUGUUGACAAAUUUCAAACAAAGUUUUCUUCCAUCUACGAACUGUAUAUUCUCACUUUUCUCGAAGAAAAUUACAAAAUAGUAGCCUUACUUUUACUGGAGAGUAUUCGAGCAUAAUGUGUAACACUGACAGAGCACCAGGAGUUUCAUUUGGAAGCGCUAAUUUCACUCCCGAUGAACACGAGGCUAUUCAAAACGCUUUAAAUCAGAAGCUUGGCCCAGAGUACAUUAGCCAAAGAGCAGGGGCGGGUGGUCAAAAGCUUGCUUAUGUGGAAGGAUGGAAAAUAAUCAAUUUGGCAAAUGAAACUUUCGGCUUCAAUGGAUGGUCACAUUCUGUAACCCAUCAAAAUAUAGACUUUGUUGAUCAGGUGGCAAACAAAUAUUAUGUUGGAGUGAGUGCUUUUGUAAAAGUCCAGUUAAAGGAUGGUGUGUUUCAUGAGGACAUUGGUUAUGGAGUGUCAGAGGGAAUGAAAUCCAAAGCUUUGUCACUUGAGAAGGCAAGAAAAGAAGCUGUGACAGAUGGACUGAAAAGGGCUCUGAAGUAA